AUGAGUGGUUAAAUUGAUUCAGAAGAAGCACUACAAAAAUCCAAAGUACUCUUUGAACGUAAACGACUAGUAACAAUUUCAAAUGCUUUGUAAUUAAUGGAGAAAAAUGCUAAAAAGUAUCUAGAACAAUUUGAGCAAUCUCCAGAUUAUAGAUUGUUUAGAACUCAAUUUCGAUAAUAUCAACAUACAUCUUAACUAGAUUAAAUAGUUUAAUUUUAAUUGUGCGAUUUGAGUGAUCCAGAUAUAUCAUUUUAUAGAUAGGCAGAAAAGAAGAUUUUAGUUUGUUAUAAUAAAAUUAGAGAUUAUGCUCAUUUUCAAUAGAUAAUGAAAUACGAUCUAACCUUUCUGUAUGAUGAUUUGAGAGCCAAAAUAGAUUGGUAUGAUUGCUCAAUGUUAUCUUGCAUGAAGAUUAGAGGACUAAAUAUAUCUGGGAAGUGUAAAUAAAGUGACAAAUAAUGUUUUAUUGAUGAAGUAAAGACUUCUCUGGAAAGGAGCGAAGUUUGCAAAGGGAAAUUUGAUGAAUAUUUUGAAAAAUCGUUUAAAUAGUGUGUUAUGGAUAUUGCACCUAUCAAUAGUGUUUAACAAACAAAAAAAACUAUAUUUUUUUGAUCUAAUAUAAAUUAUUUUAAGAGGUAUAUUGUGAGAAUAAAUUUUAUUUAGUUUUUGAUUAUAAAUAAAGAAA